CAGUGCAGCAGCUACGUGUAGUGGAUGCUGACUUGUUCGAUCUUCGUCAGACGUUGACGUUUGUGUGCGGGAUUGGAGGGGAAGUGAUUGCUGUCUGACUGUACUCUGUAGCGCGAUGCACGUAGAGUUGUAGUCGAAGAGUUCACUUGUCGAGUUGUCUUGGUGGAUUGUUGCCGGGGAGUGCGAACGGGAAUCUCUCCUUCCUUUGAGACCUGUCCGUUUUGUCGCCGUUCUCAGCAGUAAAUUGUCCAGGCAUCACACAGUUCACAAUGCUUCGUCUCACCUUGUUGCUCGUGGCGGUUGUUUUCACGGGGGCGACAAAGAAGAGUGACCCAUCCUAUGACCACCAGACGAAGACUUAUCACAGCUUCGCUGAUCCAGCCGAAUGCUCGUCAACAGCAGGCCAUGUAACUCCGUUCUUUUCGCCUGACUCCAGCAUCCAGACAUACGUAUCGCUGAUCGAGUCGGCGGAGAGCAGCAUCGAUGUCUACACCCCAGGUUUCUCCAGCUGGUCUGGGUGCACGCACUACGACACGAAAUGCGUCGGCUGCACGAUCGCCAACCAGCGCAACGAGAGCUUCCCGGUGUUUGGCGCCCUACUCAACGCCGUCCAUCGUGGCGUGCAGGUACGCCUGAUCACCAACAACUACAACACGCCGACCUGCGCCGGCCUCAUCUCACCGCUGGACUUCCUCUUCCUGAACGGUGUCGAGAUCCGCUUCUACGCCAGCACAACCUUCAUGCACACCAAGUAUAUGAUGAUCGACAAGGGCAAGAAGACUAGCGUGUCGUCCGUCAACUUCAGCCACACGUCGUUCAUGAGGAACCGCGAAGCCGGUGUGGUUCUGGAGAAUGCUUGUAGCGGCCAGUCGGCCUUCUUCCAGAAGGUGUUUGACUAUGACUGGAGUGUCGGCACCCAGUACGAGCCAACGAACACGUACUCGUCGACGGACAUGAAGCAUAUCAAGGACUCUUCGGUGAUCUCGCUGGACGUUCCCAACCCGCCGGACAACCCGAGCGCUUACCAGACGCAUGUGGUCAACCAUCCCAGUGUCGUCGUGCCCGCGGUGUCUACGAAUCCCGACAGCGCUCGCAAGCAGCUGAUGGCGGCGCUCGCCGGCGCACAGAGCAGCUUCCAGCUGAUGAUCUACCAGAUCACGGACGACGGCCUGUGCAACGAGCUCGUCGCCAUGAACAAGGCCGGCGUCGACCUGACCAUCCUGGUAUCGCGGCGCAUCUUCAGCGCGCCGGACUACUAUAAAUCACAGGAUUGCUACGCUAAGUUGAACUCCAGCGGUAUCACUGUUCGCCUCACGCCCUCCUACUACACCUACUCUCAUCAGAAGUUCUGGAUCGUGGACAACACCGAUGUCUACCUCGACACGGGCAACUGGUCUCCGACGGAUUUCUCCACUGGUUCCGAGUUUCCGCCGCACAGCAGCUCCGCCUGGCAGGACGUCAAUCGCGACCUGAUCGUGCAGAUGCGCGACCAUCGCAUCGUCAGCCAGUACGCGUCCGUCAUCACCAACGACGGUGCCCGCGGUAGCUACUGGCACCCCACGCAGACGUCCGUGCAGUAGGUGCCGCCUGGACAGUGUGUAUCUUGCCGAUCCAGAAAGCUCCAACACAUCACUCUUCACUGACGCCGCUUGGUUUGCCUGUGUGGCUGAAGUCAGAACGGAUGCUUGUGUUUGAAGUACAGCUAUCACCCUGCUUGAAAUUGUACUCCCGUACACGCCCUCUCGCGUAGCCCAGUCGAGGCUGCCGUUCGUUCCCACGCUUGCCGACCCGUCGUCGUCUAUAUCUGCCGUGUACUUGGUUAUUGUCAUCAUGAACACUCUAGCACUGACCCUUCUAGGGUACUACCUUCUAUUUUUAGGACUUGAAAGAGACGAUGUCACCCGCACAGGGCAUCCGAUUUGCCGCCUUGAUCUAUUUAAAACAUUUAACCGCCUAGCACCCGGGCUAAGCUCUAGCUCUGGUCUUGUUUUUACUCUGCAUUUUCGCUUGACUUACUCGUGUGCGUUCGUUUUCGCUUGCACUGCUAUCCGUGCAGCCAUGCUCGAUCUUGUCUUAUUUUACUUGCCAGUGUAGUUUAUUAACCUAGAAACUAAAAAAAAGGCCAAAAAGGUUAUUUCCAUCUAGGCGUUCUUCCCGUGGUUACAAGAUAUUCUGUAUCCGGUUUCCAUGGUGAUUUUACUUUUUGUUUUUAUUUUCCCCUCUUGGGGUUUUAGAGACCUAACCCUCACGGAAAACAUGUUUAAAAUGUUACUUCACGAAAUAUUAUUUUUGUGGCAGCAUUUUUGAUCCUACGUAUAGGUAUGCAUUGUUCGUAGGUUAUCGUCGUUCUUAGCGCAAUUUACUGCCUAAAAAACUGGUACUACAAUAGUAUUGAGACUCUA